GAUAAGUAUUAUGGCUUCAGCGAAUGAAGGGGAGAUUUUCUCUCUGCUAUCACAAACUAGUUAUGCACUCACCAACUGCUUCUGCAUUCCACCAUUCAUCUCUCUGCAAACCCUUUCCCAAAACAGCUUUUUCUCCAUUUUCUCUCACUAUUCACAUUGACGUAUCUCAUUUUUUUUUCUUUCUUUCUGGGACUUCCUUGUUGCAUUGAAAGCAUUUCUUGGGUUUCAUCAUUUUUUGUUUUAUUCAGAGCAUUUCUUGUUACACUAUGUAAUUGGGUUUCAUACUUCUCCAUGAUAUACGAAUAAAGUUUCCAUUUUGAUGAGUGUGUUUCCAAACCUUCUUUUUUUGUAGUAACAGCCCUGUGCGAAAUUUUAUGCUUGUAUUUGUGUGAAGUUUUUGUCUUUUUGGAUGUUGUUGAAGUAGAAAGGGUAUAUUGGCUGGAAUUAGUUGUUUGGGACAAGGACACAGUGAAUUGAGAUGAGCGGAGUGGGGAUUGAUAUUGGAAAUGAUAAUUGUGUGAUUGCUGCAGUGAAGCAAGGAGGAGUUGAUGUUUUAUUGAAUGAUGAAUCCGAACGUGAAACCCCUGCUGUGGUUUGCUUUGGCGAGAAGCAAAGGUUUUUAGGGUCAGCAGGUGCUGCUUCUGCCAUGAUGCACCCCAAGUCCGCAAUAUCUCAAGUGAAGAGACUAAUAGGCAGGAGAUUUGCAGACCCUGAUGUUCAAAAUGAGUUGAAACUGCUCCCUGUUGAAACCUCGGAAAGUGUAGAUGGUGGCAUUCUGAUACACUUGGAAUACUUAAAGGAGAGUCAUGCGUUUACCCCGGUUCAAAUAGUAGCAAUGCUCUUUGCGCACUUGAAGACCAUAGCAGAAAAAAAAUUUGGGACAACCGUUUCUGACUGUGUUGUUGGGAUUCCAUCAUACUUCACCAUCUUGCAGAGACAAGCUUAUCUCAACGCAGCAGAAAUUGUUGGAUUGAAGCCUCUGAGGUUGAUCCAUGAUUGCACUGCAACUGCUCUUAGUUAUGGAGUUUACAAAACAGAUUUUCCUAGUGAAGCUCCUGUUUAUGUUGCAUUUGUUGACAUAGGCCAUUGUGAUACUCAGGUCUGUAUUGCAGCAUUUCAGGCUGGUCAAAUGAAGAUACUCUCACAUGCUUAUGAUAUGAACUUAGGGGGGAGAGACUUUGAUGAGGUUCUGUUUAGUCAUUUUGCAGCAAAAUUUAAAGAACAGUACAACAUUGAAGUGUAUUCUAAUGACAGGGCAUGUAGGAGGCUGCACGUGGCAUGUGAGAAGUUGAAGAAGAUUUUGAGUGCAAAUCUAGAGGCUGAUCUUAGCGUUGAGUGUUUGAUGGAUGAAAAAGAUGUUAAAGGAUACAUCAAGAGGGAAGAAUUUGAGAAUCUGGCAUCAGGACUAUUGGAGAGAAUUUCUGUUCCUUGCAAGAAAGCAUUGGCUGAUGCAGCCUUGACGGUAGAAAAGAUCAGUUCCGUUGAGUUAGUUGGUUCAGGUUCACGGAUUCCAGCUAUAACUAGAAUAUUAAGUUCUCUAUUUAAGAGAGAGCUCAGCCGCAGACUGAAUGCAAGUGAGUGUGUGGCUCGUGGUUGUGCUCUCCAGUGUGCAAUGCUGAGUCCUGUUUUCCUUGUCAAAGAAUAUGAGGUCCGGGAUGCUAUUCCUUUUUCCAUUGGACUUUCAUCUGAUGGAAAGGCAAUUCGUGCAGGAUUGCAUGGUGGUGUACUCUUCCCAAGAGGCCAACCCAUUCCAAGUGUUAAAAUUCUCACAUUUGAGUACAGUGAUUUGCUCCAUUUGGAAGCAUUCUAUGCCAAUCCAGAUGAAUUACCAACCGGGGCAUAUCCUAAAAUUUGUUGCUUCACAAUUGGUCCUUUCCAUAGAUCCCAUGCAACUAAGGCAAUAAUUGAAGUUCAAGUACAACUAAAUUUGCAUGGCAUUAUUGGUAUUGAAUCAGUUACGUUGGUUGAGGAUCGUGUGGAUGAUUCAGGUACAACAGACGAUUCUCAUUCAAAUUCUGAAACAGUCAAUAUUUCUCCUGUUUCUGAGACAAUUGAAAAUGCCUCAGAUGAUAGUAUCAAUAAAAAGUUUGAAGCUUCUCGUCAUUCUGCUGAUGGUACAAGAAAAGAUAAAGCUAACAGAAGGCUUCAUGUACCAGUGAGUGAAAACAUUUAUGGUGCAAUGAACAAGGCCGAGAUAUUGGAAGCUCAAGAAAAAGAACUCCAGUUAGCCGAUCAGGACAGAACUACUGAGCUAAUCAAAGACAACAAGAAUCAGUUGGAGUCUUAUAUUUAUGAAACAAGGAGUAAGAUUUUCAGCACAUAUCUGAGCUUUUCGAGUGAACAUGAGAGGAAGGACGUAUCUAGGGGCCUGAAAGAGACCGAGGAAUGGCUCUAUGAUGAUGGUGGUGAUGAAACUGUAGAUGCUUAUUCUGCAAAACUAAAAGAUCUAAAACAGCUGGUGGAUCCAAUUGAGUAUCGAUACAAAGACAGAGAAGCAAGACCACAAGCUACAAGAGACUUGUUAAGCUGCAUUGUAGAGUAUCGAAUGUCAGCAGAUUCUCUUCCACCCCAAGAUAAAGAACUGGUCAUAAAUGAGUGCAAUAAAGCAGAGCAGUGGCUAAGAGAAAUGAGGCAGCAACAAGAUCUUUACCCUAAAAACUCUGAUCCAGUAUUAAUAUCAAUUGAUAUCAAGAACAAGACAGAGGAAUUAAACUCAGUAUGCCAAAAGGUAUUGAAAUCCAACGGUUCUCCAAUUCCAAGAGAUGAGGGUACAGACAAACAAAAUACCUCAUGAAAUGAAGAUAUAACAUUAUAUUAGGGCUAAUGGCUUCUGACAAAUGUGAACAUUUUUUAUUCUUCACACUUGUUCCCCGCUUCAGGAGUUGAAAGGGAAAUCUUUUUAUUUUUUGUCCCACCUUCUACUGAAGGCAUCCAAUGAUUUUUAUCUUGAUAUUUUAGCUUACUCUUCAAAUUGAUCCUGUACUAUGGAGUAAAUAUUUAUAAACAAUGGUUAUAUAUUCUUUUAAAAUGCACACAUGUGGUAUGAGGGUACAAAAAUGCGGUGUUGUACGUUUUAAUAAAGUUUAGAUCGCUUA